AUGCUGGGAGCUCGAGCUCGAGCCGCUGAGUAUAAUGCCUUCAAAGCGGCCACCGCCAGGCAAGCCUCCCAUGAGGCUGAAGAACAUAACUUGCCUCCCAAAGCUGCUCCCAUCUCCUUGAGCGCCUUUACCAAAAACCCCCAACAGAACCGCAACAAGGGCAAUAAAGCUUGGGUCCCUCUAGUGUUGGAAGACACACCUGAACAAGAGUCUGAUGCUUCUGAGGAAACCUCCUACACCAUUUCGACCCCUACACGCCAGACAGGCACAGUCCACCCCAAGAGUUCAUCCGUGUCGAAGAACGAAACCCCCAUUGGCCCUCGACAUCCCCAGGUUGUUCGAGCCGACAUGCCCAACUUUCCCAUCCCGACUGCACCCAGAGCCAUGGUGGGAAACACGGCCAGACCAUCUUUUAUCAUCAACCCUACGCCGCAGCGACUUCAGCAGCACUCCAUCAUCAAACAGUCCCUCCGAGAAGCUGCUAUCAGUGUGCAAGGUUCUCCCGGUAACAUGUCUGGGCCAAGUGGGUUCCCAUAUCCCGAUCUGCCAUGGCCUGUAUACUUACAAGGCUUCCGUUUGUUAGGUCAUGUCCCGAUGCCGAUGCCUGCGUUCAACACCACUGAUCACACCGUCAACGUGAUGGUCCCUGAGGAUAUCAGUCCCACAAAGCAAGAAAACAAAUUUGCCUCGCUGUCGAAGGAAUAUGCCAACCAAGCUGCAGGGGCUGCUCAUCAACAACAUCACUCAUCCGAAAGGACGAGUUUGGAAGCUGACUCGAUGAUGCAUGAUCAGAUCCCAUACACCCCGUACACAAAUGUCCCUCAAAUCUGGAACCCUUUUCAAUAUAUGGACACUUCUGCACAGAACAACCUCCGGCGCCCAGCCACUCAACACUAUAAUUCGGAUGAUAUCAUGCCUGCACACCAAGAUCGACCAAUAGUGUUCCGGAAUCCAGCCAGAGUUCCUCGGCGCGUCUCCUAUUCGGAUACUGGGGGUAUGUUUCAGGAAGAGAAUAAGGACAAAAGUGUGGGCGUACAUGUCUGGACUCCACUGAGCCAACUGAAGACGACAUCUGCCGAUGAGCCUUAUGACCGCAAUAGUAAGAUGCAAGGUUUCGUGGCAGCUCAACAAGCGUUGGCAAAGACAGGAAAGACAGUUUUGCAUAAUCCGGAACUGUAUCACGACAAGCCCAGCGCCGUCUCAACACCGGAAUCGACAAAAUCCAGCACAGCAAGAUCAGAGCAUGAGUUCGGCGAUGAGGUGAGCGAGCAUCAAGGCGCAAGUCGUCCAGUACCAACCUUGAAGCCUCCACCUGGUCUGGAGCUGCAUGCUCUGCAAUCUAGAAGUCUUGAAUAUCUGGAGAUCGUUCAAGGACAUAGCCACGGAAACGAAAAGCUACGAAAUGAAUUCGGCGUCGGCAGAGAGGAAUGGUUCGAACUCAAACCUGUCACCAAGACAGAACGGAGCACGAUGAACAAAGCCAUGCGACUUUGCGGAGAUCCAUACUGGGCUGAGUCGCCUGCCGAUAUGUCCAUGUGCACGCCGAGUACUAGGCAGGACAAAAUCCGCAUGCGGACCGAUGAAGACGUUGGAGGUAACAAAGCGACUCGGGUGCUUGUUGAACAGAUUGCGAGAGAGCACCUCAGAGACCGACAGUCGACUCUAUCAAGUGGAGAUGGAGCCGUAAACGAUCAAGCUGCCAGUGCCGAACUCGAGAGUGGUGCAAUUUGUGCAAUUGGAUACAUAUGGGCAAACCUGAUUGAAAAUGUUGAUUCGGAUACGGCGGAGACCAAUGGUGCCAACUCUGUCUGGAAAUACAAACCUGCUCCAGAAUACGCGAUUGAGAGGUCUCGACUGAUGACGAGCAAUUCGGGCAGUACAAGCUUCUUUGAAGAAGAGACAGGCACAUUCUACAAUGCUCCGAGUCGCAUUGCACGAGACCCACGAUUUCGGCCACCAACAAAAGAGCUUACCAAGCCCAGACCAGAGGAGGAUUUCACACGACGUGAUAUCUUUGGUAGAAGACGGAUGGGACCAAUCUGA